ACAAGAGAACAGCAUGUCUAAUCUUCUCUGGAGUUUGAUUUCUUGUCUGGGUUUUGCUUUGCAAUGACAUGAAACUAAGUUGGUAGGUUAUCUCCAUGAUAAUAUUAUAUUUGAAACAAAGAGAAUAAGCAUGUCAAGUGAUUUAGAUAGUGAUAAAUCUACAUGAUGAGACAAAGUACUUCAGCAAGGGACUUGAGCAAUGGUAGCCAAGAAUAUUUUCUGAUGCUACUUGCAGAAUGAUUACACUAAGACAAACUUCCUGAGUAUAAGAUAAGUUGCUCCAGAGAUUAUAGCAAUCAUCAAUGUUGAAGAAUCUAAUUAAUUAAGCUGGGCAAAUCAUGAAACUAAGAGACUGUUAGAUGAUAAUGUAGAACCAAGAUAGAGUGACAGGGUGAGCAAACACCUGCUUGAAACCUGGAACUGAUGAUGCAUGGUAGCAUCAUGAUAAGAGGGUGAUGAGGUUAAUGAUAUCAUUUGGAUGGUGGCAGCAACCCAGUUGGUGCAAGUAGAAGCAAUCAUAGCCACCAUUGGGCCUUGGAAUAGGAAAUGAAAGGAGUGAACUUCUCCUGUGUAUCACCGGCAUCAGCAGCGAUAUGCACGAGCAUAGAUCGGCGGUCGAUGGUCCGAGGGAGCACCGGAAGAGCGGCCGACCGGCACAUGACUCAUCCGAGAGAUCCAAGGAGAGCAAACUCUGCUCUCGGCUCCAUGUCUGGUGCAACCAGAGAGAGGCGAUCUCGCAACCAAAGGAGCAGGAAGAUCUUGGAUAAACCAUCUGAUCUUGUGACUCCGCCGGGCUCCUCGCGAUACUUGUUGAACGGUGAUGACUUCUUCGAUGUUUUCCCGAGCGUGGUGACUGCUGCUCCUCUUCUCUCAGUGGAUCAACCUGCUGUCCUGAAGCCACCGUCUUCUACUACGUCACAAGAACAGGUUGUGCAUCUGAGGGUAUCUUUGCACUGCAAAGCUUGUGAAAUGAAGGUCAGGAAGCACAUCUCGAAGAUGGAAGGCGUGACCUCAUUCAACAUAGACUUGGCAACGAAGAAGGUGACGGUGAUCGGAGACGUGACGCCGCUGGGAGUCCUAGACAGCGUCUCCAAGGUUAAGAAUGCUCAGUUAUGGCCUUCCCUUUGAUCGAAAGUCUUCAUCUAUGUGGAACAACGUAUGUGUUGUGAGAUCCGAAAACUAGUGGGAAAACUUAUGGUUCUUCUCAUCAAAUCAUUCUGUUCUUUUCCCUGAAAACUUUGCUGCUUAGGCUAAA